AUGGCCAGGUACAUCGAAUGGUUAGUUAAUAUUGUUCCAGUUAUAAAGAAAAAUGAUACUCUUAGAGUUUGCACAGACUUUAGGGAUCUAAAUAAUGCAACACUUAAAGACGAAUACCUUAUGAUUGUGGCAGAAAUGCUAGUCGAUUCAGUCGCAUGUCAUGAGUAUUUAAGUAUGUUAGAUGGGUACUCCAGUUACAAUCAAAUCUUUAUAGUCGAGGAGGACGUACCUAAGACGGCGUUUCGAUGCCCAGGCCUAGAAAACAGAAAGUGGAUAUUAGAAAAAAAACAAAACAUAUCUCUAAAGUCAACAAUAGGUUUCGCCAUUAAAUACAAUCAUAUGGUAUUUCUAAAAUCAACCAUGGCCAUCUCUUCAUUUUCAAUAUUCACAUUUUCAUUCUUUGCAAUCCUCUUAUUGUUAAACUCAACAACACCUCAAACACAAUCUCCAACAAAACCAUGCAAUGAUGAUCCUUACAAACAACUCAACCUUAUCCUUUAUCCAAACGGCACAAUCACCCGACCAAACAAACCAAACACCCCUCCCUCAUUAGAUCCUACCCUCCCCAUUCUCUCCAAAGAUCUCAUCAUCAACAAAUCAAAAUCCACGUGGGCUCGGAUCUACCUACCUAGCAAAGCACUGGAUCACACCUCCAACAAAUUUCCACUUAUAAUUUUUUUCCAUGGUGGUGGAUUCAUUUUUCUCAGUGCAGCUUCAACAAUUUUCCAUGAUUUUUGCUUCAACAUGGCAAAGAACCUCGUAGCGGUUGUUGUGUCGGUAGAGUAUCGUCUUGCACCGGAACAUAGACUGCCUGCUGCAUACGAAGAUGCGGUGGAGGCGCUGCACUGGAUCAAAACUAACCAAUCAGAUGAUUGGUUAAAAAACCAUGUUGACUAUUCUAAUGUUUUUCUUAUGGGUAGUAGUGCAGGAGGAAAUAUAGCAUACAACGCGGGUCUACGUGUAGCAAUGGUAGAAGAUGAACUUUCUAAGAUGAUCAAAGGGCUUAUAUUGGUUCAACCAUUUUUCAGUGGGACCCACCGGACACGUUCGGAGAUUAAGCUUGCUAAUGAUUCUCAUUUGUUAUUGUGUAACAAUGACAUGUUAUGGGAAUUGUCUUUACCGGUUGGAGUUGAUCGUGAUCAUGGAUAUUGUAAUCCAAUGAUCAUAGAUAAUGUUGUGAGAUUGAAAAAGAUUAGAGAGUUUGAGUGGUGGGUGUUGGUGACCGAUUGUGACGGUGACCCGCUUGUGGACCGUUCGAUUGGGUUAGUGAGAUUGAUGGAGGAAAAUGGAGUGAAUGUUGUGGGACAUUUUACAAAAGGAGGUUAUCAUGGUGUUCAAGAUAGGGAGCCUUUGAAAGCAAAUGAACUUUUUGUGGUGAUUAAAAAAUUUAUUUCAUCUUUGCCUGAUCACGCUAUGGAAUGAUGUCAUUAAUUGUGUUAUUAGGUGCUUUUAAUGUUUAAAAAUGAAAUUAAUAUCAAUAUAACCUAGAUUUUUGAAUUAUCAUUUAAAGUAAUUAUAUUAGGGUUUUCGCAUUGAAAAAUUAAUGUAAUUUAAGUUAGCGCAAUAGAUUGCAGCAGAUCUUGUCGCGACGCGAAAAAUAUAGAGUUGCCAUUGGAUUUAA